AUGACCCCGCAGGAUGCUGGUACGGAGGGGGCUGGAGAGGGCCAGGCGGCCGAGGCGUGCCCGCUGCCGCCGUACACGCUCAAGCACACCAUCGACCACAAGCUGGACGAAAAGCGGAGAGCCAUCUCCGCGUGCAGGUUUAGCCCAGAUGGACGGCUGCUCGCGACGUCAGCCGCGGACGGAGUGGCCCGGGUGUUCAACGUCGAGACCGGGGAGCUGAGGCAGGAGCUCACGGGCCACAAGAAGGGCAUUUCGGACCUGUGCUGGAGCCCUGACGGGAAUUACAUCACGACGGCGUCGGACGACUGCACCGUGCGGUUCUGGAACGUCGAGACCGGGUCCGCCGCGCACAGGGCGCACCAGGCGGAGAAGCGCCACACGAACUACGUCAUGUGCGUCAAGUGGCGGCCCAUCAACGGCAACCCCAACGUUGUGGUCAGCGGCAGCUUCGACGAGACCGUGAAAGUGUGGGACGUCAUGAACAACCGGGCCGUCGUGACGCUCCCCGCGCACUCCGACCCCGUCACCGCCGUGGACGUCCAGCGCGGCCCCGCCACGCAGGAGUCGACGCUGCUGGCGUCGGCGAGCUUCGACGGAUUGAUUCGGCUGUGGGACUGCAAGGUGUGGCGGUGUCACCGGACGAUCAUGGAACAGCCGAACAACCCCCCGGUCGGGCACGUGGCGUUCACGAAGAACGGCAAGUACCUCGUGUCGACGACGCUGUGCGACACGCUGCACGUGUGGGCCGUCGGCAACGUCAACGCCGGCACCGCGCAGGGGGACGCCGCGAAGGCCGCCGCGGACACCAAGCCCCGGCGCGUGCUGCGCGGCGUCAAGUGCAAGCGGUUCUGCACAGCGUCGGCGACGCCGCCCCCUGUGGGCGACAGGAAGGGCGUGGUUGCGUGCGGGUCCGAGGACGGAUCGAUCCUGAUGUGGAACAUGGGGAACGGAGCGCGGGAGCGGGGGCCGAGCGAACGCAUCCCGGCCGGGGCGGGUCCCGACGGCGCGGGGCACGCGUCGCAGGUGAUGUGCGUGGACUUCUCGGUGGACGGGGCGAUGGCGUCGUGCAGCCAGGACGGAACGGCGAAGAUCUGGACGCUGAACGCGCCCGCGUAG